AUGAGCAAUUUUCAAAUUACAUUUGUUAUAUGUUGUAUGAUAACUUGUUCCCUUUCUUACAAUUAUGCAAUUCUCCAAGAGGGCUCCAAUUAUAUAUCAUACACCCUCGACAAGUGUUAUUCGGAUUUGACUUCUAUUUUUGUGACACCCACAUCAUAUUUUCGCAUUCUUGAAGAUGUCAAUGGGAAGAUUUUAGUGAAGUCCGGAAGUGUUUGUAAAGACAAGCAUAUGAUUGACGAUGCCAAUUUGACGUCGAUCUUUUCAUCAUACAAAUUAGUCGAUGAACUUCCUUCAUUCGUUUUAGUUCGUUAUGACUACGGAGUCUUCCUUGGGUGUCAGUUUGGAGAAGAAAAGGCUCAUCCACAUGAACUUUUGAUCACAGAUGGAUGCAAUAAGAAUAUUUCUAGUGCAGAAGGGUACUAUGUUAAAUAUGACGUUUCAACAGAAGAUAACAGGGUUUCAAUCACUAAUUAUUCGGAUUCCGAGUGUAAAACAGUCGUAGGAAAUUACGACGUAAAAAUACUUGGACAAUGCAGUACAGAAAACGAUCGUAAUGUUAUGUAUUCCGAAGGAAAUAUUAAAAUGGUGAUACUUUUGGUGUUCAUCAUUUUAAUUACUUUUUAA